GCAGAGGGAGGAGGGCUUUUGUAGCUGCUGUGCUGCUAGACUUGGAUAUUGCUUUACUUUUUUGCCGAGGAAUGUAGCUCAUUGAAAUGAAACAGUGCAUUGUAUCUGUUUGUGAGGGGGAAAGCAGGGGAAGCAGGCGCAUGAACUGGUUUUGAUCUGUCACUAGUAGUGUAAUGUAGUUUUAAGCAAUGUGCAGCAAAGGCAGCAAAUAAAAGAAGGAAUCCCUUUUGUAUGAGAGACAGAAAGAAAGAAACAAAAGAAGGGAGAAAGAGAAAGAGAGUGAAAAGAAAGAAACGUGAAAGAUCUUAAGGAGAAUAAAGCCCGGGUCCCUGCUUUCAUGGUUUGAUAAUAACCAUGUCAUCUUGCAUUUAGUAAAUGCCCCUAUGUGUGUGUCAGGGCGCAAGUUUUUGAAAGGGGAGUGUGACCACACGUUUGGGUGCCUCUCUGUGCCGUGCUGUGUAGAGCAGAUGUUUAUUUUGUGCUAAAGGGGAAACUCUUUUUGCUAAGCUUGUACAAACAUGAAAGGAGUCAGGGGCUCAGAUGAUCUUUGUAGUCCAAUAUUAGUGCACAUGAUUAAAAAAAAAUUUUUGAUUUGAAGGUCAUUUGGAAAUCACUGUUUCUGCAGAAAUAUAUACUUUAAAGAGAUAGCAAAUAAAUGAACUGACCACUGGCAGAUUAAAAGAAAUGUCUCAUAUUUCAUCAGCUAUGUGCGUUAGUUUAAUCCUGUAUAUCAGCAGAAAAGGUAGCUUGUCUGGGCUAUAAAUUACCAUUUCUGCACUUUUCAUUCUGUCUGCUUCAGAAAGCAGCCUCAGUGCCUGGGAUCCUAUUGGGCCCAUCCUAGGGCUACAGUAAUUGCCUGAUGACAACUGAAAAUGAUAGAAUAAUUGUCAAGAGAGACAUUUUUAAUGGGCAAGGUGAUUUAAGUAUGCAUGAACAAGCUAUGAGGGAAGAUGAGCUUGUUUAUGAUGCAAGCCAGUAUAAACACAGUUGGAGCGAUGACACAGAUAGCUGCACUUUUCUCAGUGACAUGAGCAAGUUCUUACCGCAAACAACAAAAGCUUAUUCCUCUGACCAGGCUGACAUUCUUCAUCUUCAGGUAUUAAGUCAUGAUGCAGGAAUCUGCAACAGAGACAAUAAGCAACAGUUCAAUGAAUCAAAAUGGAAUGAGCACUCUAAGCAGCCAAUUAGAUGCUGGCAGCAGAGAUGGAAGAUCAAGUAGUGACACGAGCAGUGAAGUAAGCACAGUAGAACUGCUGCAUCUGCAACAACAGCAGGCAUUACAAGCAGCAAGGCAAAUUAUUUUACAACAGCAAACUAGUGGACUGAAGUCUCCAAAGAGUAACGAAAAACAAAGAUCACUGCAGGUACCUGUUUCAAUGGCCAUGAUGACUCCCCAGGUGAUCACCCCCCAGCAAAUGCAACAGAUACUUCAGCAACAAGUAUUGUCUCCCCAGCAACUUCAAGCACUUCUCCAGCAGCAACAAGCCGUUAUGUUACAGCAGUCAAAAUGGUUUAUUCAGCAACAACUACAAGAGUUUUACAAGAAACAGCAAGAACAGUUACAUCUUCAGCUUUUGCAGCAGCAGCAACAGCAGCAGCAGCAGCAACAGCAACAGCAGCAACAGCAACAGCAGCAACAACAGCAGCAACAGCAGCAGCAGCAGCAGCAGCAGCAACAACAGCAACAACCACAGCCACAUCCAGGAAAGCAAGCAAAAGAGCAGCAACAGUUAGCAGCACAACAGCUUGUCUUCCAGCAGCAGCUCCUUCAGAUGCAACAAUUGCAGCAGCAACAACAUCUGCUCAACCUUCAACGGCAGGGACUUAUAUCCAUCCCGCCUAGCCAAUCUGCUCUUCCAGUCCAGUCUCUACCACAAGCUGGUUUGAGCCCUGCUGAAAUUCAGCAGCUAUGGAAAGAAGUGACUGGAGUUCACAGUAUGGAAGACAAUGGCAUUAAACAUGGAGGGCUAGACCUCACUACUAACAAUUCCUCUUCUACUACCUCCACCACCACUUCCAAAGCAUCACCACCAAUAACACACCAUUCGUUAAUGAAUGGCCAGGCUUCAGUGCUGAGUGCAAGAAGAGACAGCUCGUCACAUGAGGAGACUGGAGCUUCACAUACUCUUUAUGGCCAUGGUGUCUGUAAGUGGCCAGGCUGUGAAAAUAUUUGUGAAGAUUUUGGACAGUUUUUAAAGCACCUUAACAAUGAGCAUGCAUUGGAUGACAGAAGUACUGCUCAAUGUCGAGUCCAAAUGCAAGUGGUCCAGCAACUGGAAAUUCAGCUUUCGAAGGAACGUGAGCGUCUUCAGGCAAUGAUGACCCACUUGCACAUGCGACCCUCCGAGCCCAAGCCAUCUCCAAAACCUUUAAACCUGGUGUCUACUGUUACCAUGUCUAAGAAUAUGUUGGAGACAUCCCCUCAGAGUUUACCUCAGACCCCCACAACACCAACAGCACCCGUUACUCCAAUUGCCCAGGGACCUUCUGUAAUCACACCAGCCAGUGUACCCAAUGUUGGAGCCAUUCGAAGACGGCACUCUGACAAAUACAACAUUCCCAUGUCAACAGAAAUUGCCCCGAACUAUGAGUUUUAUAAGAAUGCAGAUGUCCGGCCUCCAUUCACUUAUGCAACCCUCAUAAGGCAGGCUAUCAUGGAAUCGGGUGACAGGCAGUUAACACUUAAUGAAAUUUACAGCUGGUUUACACGGACAUUUGCUUACUUCAGGCGUAAUGCGGCGACUUGGAAGAAUGCAGUCCGUCACAACCUUAGCCUACACAAAUGUUUUGUUCGAGUGGAAAAUGUUAAAGGGGCUGUGUGGACGGUAGAUGAAGCAGAAUACCAGAAAAGAAGGUCACAAAAGAUUACAGGGAGUCCAACAUUGGUAAAAAACAUACCAACCAGCUUAGGUUAUGGUGCAGCUCUUAAUGCAAGUCUACAGGCUGCAUUGGCAGAAAGUAGUUUACCCUUGCUAAGCAACACGGGCUUGUUAAACAAUGCAUCCCCUGGCUUACUGCAAGCAGUGCACGAAGACCUCAACGGUUCACUGGAUCACAUUGACAGCAAUGGAAACAGCAGUCCUGGCUGCUCACCACAGCCACACAUAUCAUUCAAGUUCCUUGUCACUCCUCUUGACAAAAGGAUCAUUCCAGUCCCCUGUCAUUCCACUUUGAGAUUGCUCCAGUGCCUACAACGACACUCUAUUCACGUCAAAGAGGAGCCAGUGAUUGCAGAUGAUGAAGACUGUCCAAUGUCUUUGGUCACCACAGCAAAUCACAGUCCAGAGUUAGAAGAAGACAGAGAGCUCGAAGAAGAGCCAUUGUCAGAAGACUUGGAGUAAAAAGAGACCUCAAAUGAAGGGACAUAGCACUGACCUUCACAACCACUUCACAACCAUGAAUAUUUGACAGAUUUUUACUGUGACUAUUUAUUACACAUGGAUUAUGGAGACAUUCCUAAAGGAACUUGUUGAACCAGCCCUUUGGGAUUAAAAACAGCAGGCAAAUUGCUUGUUGUCUUCUUUUUUUAAAGACAAAUACAGAUUUUCUUGAAAAACUUCUUUAUAUAAUGGCUUGCCCAUUUAAAAUAUGGCUCAAAAGGGUUCAUGAAAUGACAAAAUAUGAGGAUACAUAUUCUGUCUGAAGAAAAUGGCCUCAUAUACUGCCAAAAAUAGUGUUAGUUUCAUCAAUGUGAAUCUCAAGCAUACGGUAGUUAUAAUGUUAGAAACUAUUGCUGUUCCGGUUCAGCUUGUUGCUAUUGUUUUUAAUUUGCACAGGAGUAGAAUCAGAAAUGAGUACCACUGCUUGUUUUAGAUGGAUUGAAAAAUACAAACAAACACAUUUGUUUGUCUUUUUUUCUUAUUUUUUUUAUGUUGGUACCACCAACUGUAAAUUACAUAAGUUAGCUACUGCAAACCACAGUAUUUAGACUGUUGCAACCAUCUAAAAACCUUAGGCUUCCAGUCUGUGCUGUUAGUGUUAAGAUGUAAAGUGCAAUCCUAAACUAACAUUGUUUGUGCAAGUACCAUAGACACAUUUGCAUAUCUGCAUAUAUCUUUACAACUGUACUAUUUACCUCCUUGUGAUAAAGCUUUGUCUACCUGAAAACACAGUCAAAGGCUACAGCUGAAAACCAAAGCCAACUCAAACAAUGGCCAAUAGCUCAACGACAGAAGCAGCCACAUGCUUUGGUCAGUCUUCUGUAACUUUAAUUAGUGCAAAGGAACCUUUCCAUGAACUACCUGCUGUUUUCUGAUGACCUCUGGGAUCUUUUCAUUUAGCCCUAUACCAAGAAACAGAUAUGAAAAAGUUAAUUACAUUAUAAUUCUUUCUUCUAAGGCCAAAGGCCACUAAAACACAAAGAAGAUUGGCUUAUAUGUACAACAAAGGUAAGAACAAUCUCCAGUGGAAGAUAAAACAGAAAGCAACAAAAUGUGGAUCACCAACCAAAAUAUAUAUAUAUAUAUGUACUUGAUGAAAAUGCAGAAUGCAUAUUGUUAUAAAUAUAUAUAAAUCAUUGUUUUUUAUUUUACUUCCAUACAGUCACUUGUUUUCUGUGGUGAAUACAUGUUGUUAGACUGUCUUGUACUGUAUAGUCUUACGUAUUGUGUACUUUUUUAGAGUCUUAAGUUAUAAUAAAAAAAAAAAGUAGGAACCAAACAUAAAAGAUCUAGUAAAGCCAAAAAUUAAUUCCGUAUUCAUUUAAAAUGAUCAAAGAAAGUUUUUACACUGAAAGCAAAGAUAUAGCAAUUGUAAACCAUGGUAUUUAUUUUCAGUCAAACCAAAGUUACAUAUAAUUCUGCCUCUGCUUAUACGGGAUAAUAAUGCUAACAAUACACUCCCUUUGAAGACUUGCACAUGCCAAAUAGUUGGAAUGCCAGUUUUCUAAAUAUCUUUAAUCCCGAAAAUACUAAAAUUCUUUCAUUGGUAAAAAUAGCGUAGUCAGAUGUUUGCUUAAGCCUAGAAACUUUACAAGUUGCUUUUCAUGUGUUGUGCCAAGUCUUGAUUAUACUUACCCCCAACCAAGGGACCUCAUAACCUAAUUAUGGUUAUUGCUUUACAAACAGUUUUUGACAUAAGGUGGCUGCUAGAGUUUAAUAUUUGUACUAGCUCUGUGAUGGGGCUUGUAAACUAAGCUCAUCAUUUAUUCUUUUCUGGAGCCAGCAAAAAUAUUUAAAAGACACAGUCAUCUAUCAAGCCAAAUAGAAGGAUACAAUGGCUUUCAAAGGGGUUUUCCCACUUACCCAAAAGGCUUUCUGAAAGAUUCUACCUCUGCACAAAAGGAAAAAAAAUCAUAUGAAAAUUAAUGACAGAUAACAAAAAUUGUCAGAACGUCACAGUAACUGCUAAUUCAUGUGGCAUUUAUCUUUUGUUCAUGACCAAAAGGAAGCUUAGUUUUGUUAGUGUCUGCUAAACAUAUCAUUACGAAAGCUUUCCAUGGAUCAUAGUGGAAAACAUAAUACAAUAAUCCAGAAAGGGGCAAUUGGUCUUCAACUGCAUACAUGAUCAGGAGGAAGCAACUUAUGGCUCCGCCUAAUGUUUUUGAACUUCAACUUCUAUCACCCUUAUCUAGCAAGGUCAAACUAGCUAGGGGUUUGUAUGAGUGGAAUUCCAAUAUUAAAACAAGAGCCACAAAUUGCCUUCUGCCAAUGUAUGUACAAAUUAAGUAAAUAUAUAACUGCGCCAUUAAAAAAAAUGUGGCCAAAGAGUACAAUGCUAAGUAUGCAUACCUCAGCUACAAAAUGUUUGAAAGGAAGUCUCAGCCACAGAAUGCAUAUACCUGUAGAGUUUUGCAUGGGUUUUGUAUAAAUACAAAUAAAAAUAGCUGCUUGCACAUUAUACCAGAAAAACCUCCAAACUGCAGUUGCUUUGAAAUUAGAUGUUAGGUUUUUUGGGGUUUUCUGAAAUGCUUGGUCUGUAUUUUGAUAAUUGUGCAUAUUAUGUAAAAAUGUUGGUGGACCCAUAAAUGACCAGACUUUUUCUAAGAAAAAUGUUGCUUUAAUGCAUUUCAUGAAUUUUUACUCUUAUAUCAUAGCUUGCUAGAAAUAGCAAACCCGCUCUCCCGCUCUGCUUCGCGUAGCUAUUGUAAGGCUUUGAACUAAUGUAUGUAUUUAUUGCUUGAACCUCUGUGCAUACCUUAUUAAGAAUAAGGUCUGACAAUUUAAAUGCCUCAUGUAUUCUUGCUUCUAUCAUACUCUGAUGAUGGGGAUCCAUUAUGUUUUGUAUACAGCCAAUUUUAAGUGUAGCACAAACAUCUGUUUAUGUAUUGGUGGUAUAUACCUGUUUAUUUAACUUUACUGAGGUAAGCAAAUUUUGAUCAUUUUUCCAUUACUGUGGACCGUGCUCAUACCUAGAAUUCUCUGACGUUAGAAGUCAUGAUAGAAUUAUAACAGCCGUUAUUCCUUCUAUAUUCAUGGCUUUCACUGCUAAAUAAAAUAAAGGACCAAACCUAGGAUUUGAAAGAAAAUUGUCUACCUCUAACACCAGGGAGUUGUCAGAUUUUAUUUCUCAUAAUUUUGUCUUUAAAAACACAUACAACUGCUUAAAGCUUGUGGGCAUAUGGCUUGCAUUAUAAAGUUGCAUACAUAACUAGUUCUACUGGUUUGGAAAAUCUAUUACAUUUUUGUGUGACUUUCUAAAAAGUAUUAGUAGAAUUACCCCGUAUGGGGUUUUUCUUAAAAAAUUAAGUCACAAGGGGGCGUUAUUAUAAUUAUUCUACACCCACAGCUACUUAACUGCAAUCGUGGUUAAUUUCAUACUGAAGGAAUCGGAAGCACAGGUAGAAAUAUGUCUACUGAACCACUUAUAAUAAUAAAUCAUUGAAAAAAUAUAUUAACAUUGGUCACAUUCACUUGAAGCUGUUAGCAAUGUACUGACUAAUAUCCAUGCUUUCAUGUUAAAGUGUGAAAGUUGAUAUUUUGCUUUUUUAUAAAUCCUGGGUUUCUUGUACCAUGCAGCUAUAGAACGUAUCAAUCUUUUGCAUUGUUGGUAUAUUUGUUCAAAUAAUUAGAAUAUUUCAUUGAUGAAAUCUGAUUCAGUUAAAAAGGAUGUACAUUUUUACUAUAUGUAUAAACAAUAUUUCUGAACUGUUGGAUGUAAACAUGUAUAUGAAACCAUUUCAUUCAUUUGCCUACAUUUCUGGAAUAAAAUAAAAAAUAUCUAAAUCUUUUGACCCA